ACCGAAUCGCAGACGAAGUAUAUUGAAAAUCGCAUCGUACGACACCAGAAUAGCUCACCGUCGUCCAUUGUUGAGAGCCUACGGCAGCUGAGAAAAGGAGUUAUAAUGAUGGUACACGAGCAGGACCUUAUGCGCCAAGAGCUCGCCGAACUUCGAGAUGCAAAUGACCGCCUCAGCCGCCGUCGUCGUACGAAAAGAAAGCAGCUACAGAAAGGAGGGUCCCUCACGAUUGAUCAGGCAAAGGAUUUGAAGGCUCAAAUCGAUGCGACGCAGCAGUUAAUAGCGGAAACGAGUCAGAAUAGUGGUCGUACGAGGAGGCCCGAAACGCGCGCGCGACGAUGUGGCGUCUGCGGCGAGCCCGGUCAUAAUGCUCGUACGUGUCAGAAAGUUGUAUCUGCCUCUGAAGAAGAGGAUUCUGAAUAGUUUGAAUUGAUUUAAGGCG